AUGAGGAAUCUAUCAGUAGUGACUGAAUUUAUCCUGCUGGGCAUCCCACACACCGAGGAUCUAGAGACUAUGCUCUUUGUCCUGUUUUUGUGCUUCUAUAUCUUCACUCUUAUAGGGAACCUACUCAUCCUACUGGCGAUUAUCUCCUCCACUCGGCUUCACACUCCUAUGUACUUCUUCCUGUGUCAACUGUCUGUGUGCGACAUAUUUUUCCCUUCUGUGAGUUCCCCCAAGAUGCUCUUCUACCUCUCAGGGAACAGCCGGGUCAUCUCCUAUGCAGGCUGCGUGUCCCAGCUCUUCUUCUACCAUUUCCUGGGCUGUACCGAGUGCUUCCUGUACACAGUGAUGGCCUAUGACCGCUUUGUCGCCAUAUGUUACCCUCUACGCUACACGGUGAUCAUGAGCCACAGAGUGUGUGCCAUCCUGGCCAUGGGGACCUCCUUUUUUGGCUGCAUUCAGGCCACCUUUCUAACCACUCUCACCUUCCAGUUGCCCUACUGUGGCGCCAAUGAGGUGGACUAUUUCUUCUGUGAUAUCCCGGUGAUGCUGAAGCUGGCUUGUGCUGAUACCUCAGCCCUGGAGAUGGUGGGCUUCAUCAGCGUGGGCCUCAUGCCCCUCAGUUGCUUCCUUCUCAUCCUCACCUCCUACAGUCGCAUUGUUUACUCCAUCCUGCAGAUCCGCUCUGCAGAGGGCCGACGCCGUGCCUUCUCCACCUGCAGUGCCCACCUCACUGCCAUCUUACUUUUCUACAUGCCAGUGGUCCUCAUCUACCUGAGGCCAACCCCAAGCCCCUGGCUGGAUGCAACUGUUCAGGUCCUGAAUAACCUGGUCACCCCUAUGCUGAACCCCUUGAUCUACAGCCUCAGGAAUAAGGAAGUAAAGUCAUCUCUGAGGAAGGUGCUAUAUCACUUGGGCUUCCUUCCUGAGCAGUUGUAG